AUGACAUGGUGGAGCCGAAGCAUCAUCUCCAGGGCCCAAAGUGUUAACGUCAUUAGGUUUGAUCAGAAGGUUGUGCCCUGCCUCCUGAUGCCAUGCACUGGGGCUGCGAGUUGGUUGGACCGAUGCUCAAUCCUUGAGAGCGAUGUUUCAGGACUGUAUCGGAAAGGUGAUAUCAUCGUCGGCGGCCUGUUUCCCGUCCACGUCUACCGGACGUAUCACGAGCUGACCUUCAAGAAACCUCCUCCUCUGGUGACCUGCAACACGUUUGUACCUCUCAUCUUCCAGUGGGUCCAAUCUCUGCUCCUGGCUGUUGAGGAGAUUAAUAGCUCUGAGUCGCUGCUGCCCAACCUUUCCCUUGCAGUUCAGGUGUCUGACUCUUGUGCCUCCCCUGGACGGGCCCUGGAAGGAGGAUCCUGGCUACUCACUGGAAGAGAUCGGAGACCAGUCCCCAACUAUCGCUGCAAACACUCUUCAUCACCCCUGGGGGGUGUCAUUGGGGACUCGAGCUCCGCCAACUCCUUGGCACUGGCCAGACUGCUAGGACUCUACAAUUAUCCCCAGAUAAGUUACUUCUCUACCAGCUCCAUCUUGAGCGACCGGACACAAUUCCCUUCCUUUUUUAGAACUGUCCCCAGUGAUACCUUUCAGUCCCAAGGUCUGGCGCAGCUGGUGUCCUACUUUGGCUGGACCUGGGUUGGGCUGCUGGCUGAAAACACUGAUUAUGGUCUGGAUGGAAUUCGUGCCACCAAGACUGAGAUACUGAGAUCUGGAGCCUGUGUGGCCUUCACGGAAUACAUACUGACUAGUCGUAGAGACAGAAAUGCUCAGCAUAUCUCAAAAGUCAUCAGAGAGUCCAAUGCCAAUGCCAUAGUUGUGUUUUCCAGCGGUUCCAACCUCCUUCCAGUAGUAGAAGAACUCUUGAGAUGGAACGUUACAGGGAAGACUUGGGUGGCCAGUGAAUCAUGGUCAACAUCCGCUCUGGUCUCCAAGGAGAAAUACUGGAGUGUACUGAAGGGGACUAUUGGUUUUGCCCUGCACAGUGGACAAAUUCCUGCAUUCAAUGAGUUUCUCAAUGCUAAUGACCCCAUGAAGACCCCAGAUGACAUUUUCUUAAGGGAAUUUUGGGAGGAAAACUUUGGCUGCAAGUGGGUAAGGCCAGGGGCCGUUCUGUCUAAUAGAACCCAAAUCUGCACAGGCAAAGAAUCUCUCGGGAACACCUUCACUACCAUCAGCACCUUGAGAGUUACUUAUAGCGUCUACAUUGCGGUCUACGCCUUAGCCUGGGCUCUGCAGGAUACUCUAAGUCACAGGCAAAAGGCUUGCUCUGAAACCCCUCAAAGAUGUGGAGAACCUUUAGCUUUUCAACCAUGGGAGACAAAGGAUAACAGAGAAGUGUAUUUUGAUUCGAACGGGAACCUCCCAGCUGUAUAUGAUAUUGUUAACUGGCAAAUGGACUCACAAGGCACUGUACGACAUGUGAAGGUGGGCAGUUACGAUAGCAGCGCCAAGCAAGGGUACAAGUUCAUGGUGAAUACGAGCUCCAUUCAGUGGACCACAGGAGAUAAGACGGUUCCUUUCUCCAUAUGCAGUCCAAGUUGUCCCUCUGGGUUCAGAAAGGCAGUGUUACAAGGGAAACCUGUCUGCUGUUUUCAGUGCAUCCCUUGCCCCAGUGGAGAUAUCUCAAAUCAGACAGACUCAGUUGACUGUUUCCGAUGCCCAUGGGACCAGUGGCCCAAUGUUGACCAAAAUCAAUGUCUGCCAAAAUCUAUAGAAUUUCUUUCCCAUGAAGACCCCUUAGGUACCACUUUGGGAGCCACCAGUAUCGCAUCUUCCACGAUCCCGGUUGCUCUGUUGUCACUUUUUAUCCAUUACAAAUCCACCCCAAUUGUCCGAGCCAACAACUACUCUCUGAGUUGUCUUCUUCUGGUGUCACUGUCUCUGUGCUUUCUCAGCUCUCUAGCUUUUAUUGGUUACCCUGACCCCAAAAAAUGUCUCCUUCGUCAGGCAGCAUUUGGCAUGGUUUUUACACUCGCCGUCUCAUGUAUUCUUGCCAAAACCAUCAUGGUUGUCAUUGCCUUCAAAGCCACCAAGCCAGGGAGCAGCUUAAGAAAAUGGACAGGGACAAAGGUGUCCUACUGUGUCAUAGGGCUUUGCGUUUCUAUACAGUUGGUCGUGUGUGUCAUAUGGUUGACCUUCUACCCUCCCUUCCCAGAUCAUGACAUCCAAAGCCAAGCUGGAGUCAUCGUUAUUAGUUGCAAUGAAGGUUCACCCACAGCUUUCUGGUGCAUGCUCGGUUAUCUUGGUCUCCUGGCCACCAUCAGUUUUGUUCUUGCUUUCCUGGCCAGACGGCUACCGGACAGUUUCAACGAAGCCAAGUUUAUCACAUUCAGCAUGUUGGCCUUCCUCAGUGUCUGGGUGUCCUACAUCCCAGCAUCCCUCAGUGCUCGGGGAAAGUAUACGGUGGCCAUGGAGAUAUUUGCCAUCUUGUCUUCAAGUUGGGCCCUGGUAUUUUGCAUCUUUUUGCCUAAAUGCUUUAUUAUCAUUUUCAGGCCAGAACUCAAUACAAAAAACAGCUUAAUGGGGAGAGGGAAAAAAUAA